UAGGUUUUAAAAAGCCGUAAUCGGCCUGCCUUAGAUAAGCUUGGGUAUAAUUUUGGGUAGUUGAAAAUUUGCCGUUGACUUCAUCUUGCAUCCUUGUCGAUCCAGUUUCAAUGGCUUCCAGUUCUUCUUCUAGUGCUAACGCUAGCAGCUAUGACGUUUUCCUAAGCUUUAGGGGCGAAGAUACUCGUCAUUCUUUUACCGAUCAUCUUUACAAAACAUUAAUGGGAGCAGGAAUUGGUACUUUUAGGGAUAACGAAGAAAUCAGGAGAGGUGAAGAAGUGAAGCCGGAGAUCGAGACAGCAAUUAAACAAUCUAAGGCUUCAAUUGUCGUAUUGUCAGAAAACUAUGCAACUUCCACCUGGUGCCUUGACGAGCUUGUACUGAUCCUUGAACAAAGGAAGGAGGUGAAUCAUUUCGUUUUACCUGUUUUUUAUCAUGUUGAUCCUUCUGAUGUGAGGAAACAAAAUAAAUCUUUCACAAUUGAAGUGAAAGGCUCUUCAAGGUGGACAGAUCACAACGUGAACAUGUGGAAGAAAGCUCUUAAGGAGGUUGCUAAUUUGGCGGGCAUGGUUCUGUCGGGGCCUGAAACAAAUUUUUUGAAGGAAAUUGUUGACACCAUUUACAACAAACUGGAUCGCAAAGAAGUUCAUCUUCCACCCAAUCUAACAGGGAUGGCCACUCGAUACGAGGAGAUCAAUUCCUGGUUAAAUCAAUCAAAUAUCGAAUUUUUAGCAAUUUGUGGCAUGGGUGGAAGUGGCAAGACAACUCUGGCCAAGUAUAUUUACGAUUCAAAUUGGAGAUAUUUUGAAAACACGAGUUUUGUUGAAAACAUUGGUCGCAGAUGUAAAGAAUCCCAUGAUUUGCUUGAGCUACAAGAACAACUUCUCAAUGAUAUUUUAGGUGGAAAGAAGAGAAAAAUACCUGGUGUUUCUCAGGGUACAUGUAAGAUUGAGGAAGCCUUACAAACUAAAAGGACGCUUAUUGUUCUUGAUGACAUUGCAGAAAAAAGUCAGUUAGUCGCUUUACUUGGAACUGGAACGAUCAAUGCACAAAGCAAGAUUAUAAUCACAACAAUUAGGGAAAAUACAGAUAAUUGGUUCAAGUCCACAUAUUCUAGGUGUCAAGAGUAUAAAAUAAAAUUAUUAAAUGAGGAUGAAUCGUUAGAGCUUUUAAGUCGUCAUGCAUUUGGUUCCAAAGCUCCCAUGGAAGGUUUCGAAGAGCUUGCAAUGCAAGCAAUACGAUAUUGUGAAGGAAAUCCUCUCGCUGUUGAAGUGUUGGCUUCUUCUCUAUCCAAUGAAAAUACCAUUUUAUACUGGAAAAGUCGAUUGAAUGUAUUGGAUAAAGAUUUUGAUUCUCGAAUCCAAAGUGUACUAAUAACGAGCUAUGAGUCAUUACCAUCUAUCUUAGAGAAAGAAUUAUUUUUGCAUAUUGCUUGUUUCUUUAUUGGAAAAGACAAGGAUUAUGUGGUAAAGAUAUUGGAGCCAGAUUACUGUGCAUUAUCUGGGAUCAAAACCCUAUCCAACAAAUGCCUUCUUUCUGUUUCCCCAAAUAAUAAGCUGAUGAUGCAUCGAUUGAUUCAAGAGAUGGGAAAAAAUUUGGUUCGUCUAGAGUCAUCAAAAUUCCCUGCAAGACGUAGUAGAGUUUGGCUUAGUAGUGAUUCUUAUAAGAUAUUGCGCAAGGGAGAGGUAAGAAGCUUCUUAUAUGGUUCAGAAACAAUGGAAGGUUUAGCACUUGACAUGCAAUUACUAAAGGAAGAUAAGGUUGCAUUCAAGUCGCUAGACCUCAAGACAGAUGCACUUAAGAAGAUGGAUAAACUAAAAUUGCUCCACUUGAAUUUUGUGUAUCUCAACGGGUCUUACGAGAAUUUUUCAGAAGAUUUACGAUGGCUCUGCUGGCUUGGAUUCCCUUUAACAACCAUACCCCCUGACUUAUUCAUGGGAAACUUGGUGGCUAUUGAUAUGAGCUACAGCAAAUUGGAAGUACUUGAUCCGCCCAUGGUUCUUCAGUCACUGCAAAUUCUAAAUCUUAAGGACUCGUAUGAUCUAUUUGAAAUCCGCAACAUGUCAAUGAUUCCUCAUCUUGAGACUUUGAUUCUUUGGAACUGUCACAAUCUUGUUCGUGUUUGUGAAACCAUUGGAAACCUGACGAGUCUUGCACUACUAAACAUGACAGGGUGUAGAAAGUUGUUAUUAGGAGUUACUGAACAGCAUACGUUCUCCCUCCCACAUUCAUUACACCGAUUAUUCCUCAAGGACUGCAAUCUCGAGUGUACCGAUUCUUUCACUCUGAGUUUUAAUGUUCAACUAUCUUUGCAGUACUUGAAUUUAGGCAAUAGUCUAUUUGAGUGUCUGCCCUGUUAUGAUCAUCUUAAAUAUCUUCGGGUCCUUGACUUGAGCUUAUGCUCAAGACUUAAAUGGCUAGUAUGUCUCCCAAGUACGCUUGCAGAAUUGUAUGUAUACUACUGUUUGUCAUUGGAGAAAAUAACUUUCCAAGAACACCGAUUCACAUUGCAAGAGUUUGGCUAUGAAGGAUGCAUUAGUUUGUGUGAAAUUGAAGGCUUUAUUAAAUUGGUGCCUGUAACCAAACUUGAAGAAAAUGAUCUGGGACACAUGAAGUGGCUAAAAGAAUAUCAAAAUCAGGAGGUGUGCCUGGUUGGUGAUGAUGAGCUCACCAAAGGCAGAACUCCGUGUGUUGAGAUGUUGUAUGAAUUCGAUAUAAUGAGCACAUCUCUGCCAGACAUAAAGAAUCCAAACCUGAAGCCUGAGUAUGUAUCAGCAUCAUCGGCUUUGUCCUUUGAUGUGCCUUUGUGUCCAAGGAAUAGGAAGCUCAAAGGACUUGAUGUAACUUUGAGAUAUAAAAUAUCAGGUGACGAUGAUUUGGCAUGGUUCGUUAAAAUCAGUACGAGCAAUGGUGUUGAUUUGAUGUACAACCCAAAAGUCUUUGGAAAACCUGGAUCUGGCAAUGUUGGUAUAUGGUUAAGCUACUGGCCAAUUGGAAACACAUUGAAUACUGGAGAUAAAGUAAGUGUCUCUAUCUCUGUGAUGAGUGGAUUGGAGGUAGAGGAAUGUGGGGUGAGCCUUGUUUAUGUUGAUGAGAAAGUAGCUGAGGAAACCUUGGAAAAUAACAUGGGAUGGGUAGAAGUUCUUGGAGGAGAUUUGUCUAGAUUUCAACUACGCACAGGAGCAUACUAUCUUUGUCGUCGUGAUUUCUUUGAGUUAAUGGAGAUUGGCAGGCUAACUCCUCAUUGGUUUAGCAUUUUAGUUGGUGAUACCAUCGACUCUACAGAGGUACGAGGAUGGAGAAAGACAGGUCGACCAAAGCAGAUGAAUCCAUCAUUUACAGAGUUGAAAACUGUUAGAUGCAUCAUCCAUGGUCCUGAACUGGAGGAAGUUUACAAGAUCCCACAGAUGUCAAAAUCAUCUUUUUUAGAUAAAACUUUGGAGUUUCCGUCAAGCAUCCUUGGGGAGUCCAUGCAAUCUACCACCACAUCUAAAUUUGGAGCUAUAGUAAGAAAGGCUGAGGACAUCUCUGAAGAUGCAUCGAUAUAUAUGAAAGAGAUAUCUGAAAUAAAUGAACCAAAUGAGAUUGACCAGCUACACCUUACGAAAAACAUGUCUGAAGAACUUUCUGAUGAAAUUCAGGAGUACUCUACUUCAAGCCUACAUGGGGACAAACUGAAAUCAGUUAGUGGCCAGAUGAAGAAAAUUGUGCUGGGAUUCAAAUCAGGCAGUCCAAGUAAAAGAGCGGAGGUGAUGAAGGCGUUAUCAGGGUUGGGUAUCCAGUUGAUUGAUGUCGUUAUAGAAGAUGGAAACCUAACUGUUAUCGGGGAUGUUGAUUCCAUGGAUGUUAUUCAACAUGUGAGCAAGAUUGAGGGCGUAUAUAGCAUAAGUGUUGAACCUGAAAAAAAAAUCAAGGAAGAGCGGGAAACAGGCGUUGCACCUUCAUACAAAUCCGCAAAAGAACAUAAACAUCGAAAAAUUCAGAAAAUUGUGCUGGAAUUUAAAUCAGGCAGUCGAAGUCAAGGAGAGAUGGUGCUGAAGGCGUUAUCUGCACUUCAGGGUAUCCAAUCGAUUCUUUUUGAUUUAGAAGAAGGGAGUGUAACCGUUAUUGGGGAUGUUCAACCGGCGGAAAUUUUUCACAGAACAUGGAUGAUUGAGGACGUAUAUAUUAUAAAUGUGAACGAUACAUUUGAACCUAUAAAAAAAAUAUAUGAAACCGGUAUUAGUCCAGCAUUCAAAUUUUCAGAAGAAGAAAAAGAGUUUCAACAAGAUAGAAAAACCUGUUCGGUGAUGUAAGGAUGAAGUGGAUUGUAGCUAGCUGCACAUGAUUCUGGAUGCAAAUGGGAGGUUCAAAACCAACUAUCGCAAAAUGUGUUGAAAUAAUCGACUCUAAACUACAUUUGAAACUAGCUACUACUGGACCCACGAGCUAAAGGUAGUAAGUGGACUCUCGCAAAAUAAUGAAUCUUAUCCUUUAUUGAGAAAAGGAGAGGGUUCAAAUUCAGUUGAAGGCCACCACUUGAUAUGCGAAUGCUCAAAGAUGGUAUGAGAUCAGAGGUAAGCCAAAGAAGUUAAGUUGUGCUUGGUACUUAUGAAGUGAGAAGUACAGCGAUUAUCUUAAUAGAUAAAAAAUGCUAUACAUCAAUAUAAGCAGGAAAUUUGUGAGUCCUGAAUCCUGAUAAUCUAACGUGUUCCUGACCAAUUGAGCAUUUAUGUACUAGCCAAACACAUGAAAAUGGAAAUGUGGCAGUGAAGACAGCAACCAUUUAUGAAGCUUCCAAACUCAUCAAAUGAGAAAUUAUAACAUUAACUUCCCUCAUGUUUAGGGCAGGAGCUAUCAAUCAUAACUCUCUUUUUUUGCCACCUCCACCAUGAUGGUUGAGUCAUGCUUGCAUUAUUGCAUAUGUUGAAGGUAGAGGAGGUAUAACCGGUACGAUUGUUGGUCCAUUGGCAUGUCCUUGUGUUCAAAUCUUUCUACUACCACCAUGUUUUCGAUGGUUGAAUGGUGCUUGAUAUGGAGCUAGACAGAUGCCCAACCAAUAUGAACUUGAUUUCUUUUUCUCACAUUCAUGUUCCUGAAAAAUGUCGAUUUUAACCCUCAUCAAAUUGAUACAAGAAAUAGCUUUUAGAUUUCUUCCUCAUUUGUUCAUCAAAAUAAAUGUGUGUUUUAUUUUUGUUGUAGUUAAUUUAAAGAUUGUACAGGACAAUCAGUUACGUGCAUGUGGGCUUUCAUUUGUCUACUUA